AUCCCGGGCGCGUGGCGCCUCUGAAAAGUUCGUCUCCCAAUUCUGCCGACUCACUCCUCCUUAACGCCGUUGUUUACCACACGCGCCACAGCUUCUGCCAGCCCCAGAAGCCGGGCGACGCUCGCGGGCAGGAAGGGGCGGAGUCGGGCGCUUCUAUGUAACGCGGUCGUCGACCGCCGCCUGGCGUUUCUUGGACGGUUUGAAAGCCGGGGAAGGGGCGGGCCAGCCAUGUGUUCCCCGCUGCUCAACCCUGGCAGCUCGUUUACCUUUCGGGUCUCCUUCGUCGAAGUCCACCCUAAGGUGCCGCUGGUGAGGCUAUGGGGUCUGCCCGGCGAACGCAGAGAGGAAUAUUUGCGGCUGAUGAAGGACCUCCAGAUCAAAGUGGGGCCCCGCUUGGCGAACUCUCCCGGGGACCGCGGGGGCCGAGGGGACGGCGACAGCGAGGGCGAAGCCCUGGCUCUGGGUGACCUGUGUCUAGUGGAACUGGGCGGGCGGUGGCACCGCUGCCGUAUCGUCAGCUGCCGGACCAAGCCGGGCCAAAACUACCGCGUCUUUCUGCUAGACGAGGGCCGCACGGUGAGCGCUAGCUCCUACUACUUGGCGCGGGGCCGCAGCGAACUCUUCCACUUGCCGUCCGAAGUCAUGGGAUGCAUUGUUGCAGACUUGCUCCCACCCGGCGAUUCCGGGGCAUCCUUAAAGACCACUCUUAGGGGCUCAAAGACCCCGCUAGGAUCCCAGGCGCUUAACUUAAGAUGGGCGGCUGAGGCCAUCGACUUUUUGGGUUUCCUCCAUGGCAAAGAGCUGUCUGGUGUCAUCCGAAAAGUGCUGAUCUCGCAGUGCCUUGUGGUGCUGGAGGUGCCCUGGUUGCUGACACAGAUGCGCCAUCUUGGGCUUGCCAGUCUUGCCUCUACUGCUUUUAGCACCCUACUGAGUGUUAUCUUAGAAGUUCCCGAGAUUGCUUCUGUCCCAUUGGAGCCAACUUCCACUUUGUCCCAAUCCCCAGUCCUUCCUUCUGCUGCCCAGUCCAAGCAGGGCCAUGUCACAAUGGAUUUCUUCUAUCCUCAACUGGAGUUGAAUGUGACUGUGCCUGUGGUGGUGACUCAAAUCUCUGAUCCCUAUAGAAUAUAUUGCCAGCUACGUAGUCUUUCUAAAGAAAUCCAGCUACUUUCAGAUGCUAUGCACCAAGCUUUUGAGGUAUCAAAGGGAAAAUUUGUAGAAGAGGCUUUGCCCACCCCAGGCUUUCCCUGUGCAGCCCAGGGUAUAGAUGGAUGCUGGUAUCGAACUUUGUUAUUAGAAACAUACCCAGCCGAUGAUCAAGAGGAUCAACCGGAGGCAGUGGCUCAAGUGAUUUGUGUGGAUUAUGGCAGGAAAGAGUUUGUAACAAAGAGACAUUUGCGCAACUUACCUGUUGAAUAUUUCCGCAUGCCAGUAGUAACCUACCCUUGCUCACUGCAAGGUAUUACUGAUGGAGGCUGUGGCUGGACGCAUUCACAAAUUAAUCAACUUAAAACAUUGCUCUUGGGCAAGGUAAUGCAAGCUCACAUCGAAGCUUACUGUCCCUUUGAGCAUAUCUAUUACAUUACCCUAUAUGGGGAAGAUGGCCUCAACCUUAACUGCCUGUAUGGGGUACAGGCAAAUUGCCUGGCUCAAAACCUCCUGCACAGUAAUCAAGAAUGCAUCUCUGGUUUAAUUAUUGAAUCAGAAAGCUUGGGUGUCUCAGUCCAAAAGGAAUCUGCUUCUUUGUCAGAGAUAUUGCCCAGAAUUGCUGCUACCCCACCUUUUGUUGUACGUCUGAAGGCAGGCGAGUAUCGUAAUGUUCAGGUAUCAUUUCUUCAGGACCCUUCAGAAUUCUGGGUGCAGUUGCAGGAACUUAAACAGCCACUUUGUCACCUACGGAGGAACUUAAGAGACUUUUAUUCUCGCAGUAAGAAACUAGAAUGUAUUCUACUUGAGCCCAAGGUAGGAUCCCUCUGCUGUGUCAUGUUGAAGGAAAACUCUUACCAUCGUGCCCUUGUUACUAAAGUUCAAGGGAAAGGAAUUGUGGUGUAUUUGAUGGAUUGGGGAAACACUGAAGUAGUUGACUUGUAUAAGGUGAAGAAGUUGCUUCCCCAAUUCAGAGAACUUCCUGCUGUGGCAGUCCGGUGUGCACUGGAUAAUCCUUUCCCAGGUCAGUCAUGGAACUCAGAAGCUGUCGAUUAUUUUAAAAAAUCCGUGCUAAACAAGGAAUUGAUGAUCAAAGUUCUAGGCAUGCAAGGAGAUGUUUAUAUAGUUGAACUUUUUGAUAAUUCUCUAGUGGGAGAAAAAAAUUUAGCUAAAAUCAUGUCCCAGAGAAACUACACAAAGCACCAUGAAGUACUAGAAACUCUCCAGGCAAUAUCAGAUAAGCUAUUGGCAGGGGACCCUGAAAGUAAACCAAUGAGGUUAAGACCUGUGAAAAAAAUAAUACCAGUGACAGAUGAAGUAAAACAUCCACAACAACAUGAUUCUUCAGCCUCUUCUGCAGCUGAAAUGUUUAGAAAUGAACAUCACUCCAGUGAAGGAACUUUUUAUUCUUCAUCAGCUCUGGGUGGCAGUGAUAAUUCAUCAUGUGAGAUACAGAACUAUUCUGAAAUAAAGGCAGGUGAAGAACAGCUUGAAUUUGGAAGUACAGUUGAUGUGAUUGUAACACACAUAGAAAAUCCUAGUCAUUUUUGGUGUCGAUUAUUUAAGAAUUCCCAAGAACUGAACAUGCUUAUGGCUAAAAUUCAGGAUUAUUGUAUGCAUUCAGCAGAGCUUCAUGAAUGGCCAAAUUCGGUAUGUUUGGCUAAGUGUUCUGAGGAUAAAAAAUGGUACAGAGCUGUUAUCAUUAAUAAGGUUCAUUACCCAGAAGAGGUUGAAGUCGCUUAUGUUGAUUAUGGAAAUAAAAAACAUGUUUCAUUGAAAAAUAUUCGUGCAACUACAGCAGAGUUUCUGAAGCUAAAAGCUCAAGCUUUUAGAUGUAGCCUUUACAAUUUAAUUCAGCCAAAACAUACAAAUCCUUUUGUUUGGGAUAAAAAAGCCAUCGAAACGUUUUGUGAAUUUGUGGAUUCAGGAUCUAAAGUGGCACUGAAAUGUAUUACAUUUGCUUUAGCAGCAUUAAAUGGUACAGAACUUUUUAAUAUUGUUGACCUUAUUACUCCUUUCGAAAGUGCUUGCCAUUUUUUAAUAAGAAAGGAUCUAGCCACAUUUGUACACAGAGAGAAACCUUUGGUAUCAUCUGUUCAACUUCUAUCAUACUAUUACUCGACCCACAAUAUCAAAAGAGGAAAUGAAGAGAUUAUUUAUGUCACACAUGUUAAUAGCCCAUGUUUUUUUUUCUGCCAACUUGCUAGGAAUGCAAAUGCUCUUGAAAAUUUAACUAGUAACAUUAGUAAACUAAGCAAAACGUACAAUUUGCAAACUUCACCCAACUCUAGAAAUUUGUAUCUUGCAAAGUAUACUGAUGACUGCUGGUAUAGGGCUGUAGUAACUUCAAAAAAUGAUAGCAAAGAAGUUUUUUUUGUAGAUUUUGGGAAUACACAAUUAUUAAAAAACGAAGACCUGGUUGUAGUACCAAAUGAUGCUUAUGAGUUAAUGCUUUUGCCUAUGCAGGCUAUAAAAUGUUCUCUCUCUGAUAUUGUUGAUCCAACAAAAGAUGCUAUUGAGUGGUUUGAAAAGGCAGUGUUAGAUAAACCCUUAAAAGCUUUGAUUGUAGCAAAAGAUCCUGAUGGAACAUUGAUAAUGGAACUGUAUGAUGGUAAAAUGCAGAUCAAUGCAAAAUUGAAACAAAGCUUAGGUUUGCAGGCUAGCAAAGAGAUUACUGAAAACACAGAAAACAGCACUCUGUCUUCCCAAUACUCAGCUAAUACGGAAGAAAACAGUGAAAGUGGGCUAGCUUUGGUAGACUUUGUCAAACCUGUUCUUGAGGACAAUGCUAAAUCUAGUGCUGCUUUUGGAGAAACAUGCCAAUUGCAGCAGAAAACUAAAAAAGAGGUAGCAAGAAAAUGCCUAGAAUUCACAGACGGCUCUAGCAAAAGUAAUUAUGUGGAAGAUUGGAAGGAUAUGAAAUGUGCAGCCCUUCAUAAGAAAGGGGAGAGAUGUGAUAUUAAAAAUAAAUCCAAAUCUGUAACAUAUUCUUCUAAAAAUAUAUAUGAACUACCUCAAAAAAACAUAAAACCUGGUCUUAAAUCUUUAGUGUAUGUUUCUCACAUAAAUAAUCUUUCUGAUUUUUAUGUACAGUUAGUGGAAGAUGAGCCUAUCCUUGAUAGUAUAUCGGAGAAAAUAAACAGCUCUAAAACAGUUUCAAGCUUAGUGGGGCAACAGCUUAAUGUAGGAGAUUUAAUAUGUGCAAUUUAUUCAGAAGAUAGCUUAUGGUAUCGAGCUGUAAUUAUUAAAGAGUCCACUAGUGAAUUGGUAGAGGUACGGUAUAUUGAUUAUGGCAAUACUGCAGUAGUUAGCAUUCAUAAUACAUGCAAACUUAUUGAAGACUGUUUAUCUUUCCCUGUAAUGAGCAUCCAUUGUAUCCUGGGUAGUACUAAGAUGUCAGAGAUUCCAGAAUGGACACAAAAAGCAGUGGUGUAUUUCUCCCAAAAGACAAGUGAGGUUCAGAUGAACUGUCAAUUUGUUGAGAAAGUAAACGGCAAAUGGGAAAUAAAACUCAGUGAUGAAAAAGAUGAUAUAAUGGAUGAUAUGAUUAAUAGUUGCCUUGAAUAUAAAAAAUAUGACCCGAUAGAGACAUCUGACAAAGGAUCUUCUAAGAUUGGCAAAGUAAGCUUAUGUGAAUAUAUUCUUUCUGAUGAGCACAGUAGACUUUCAGCUAGCAAAUCAUUUCUCUGGAAGACACCUAAGAUAGGCGAAACUAUAAAAGCCUUUUCAUUAGUUCCAAAGAAUCCAGGAUAUUUUUGGUGUCAGUUCACUGAAAAUGAUAUUAGUUCAAUUGAAAUAAAACUUCAGGAAGCUGAAGAACAUGCAAAAAUCCACAUUGAUGAUCUUAAAAAUGGCAGUCCUUGUCUAGCAAAGUCUAGUGAUAAUUUAUUUCACCGAGCAGUUGUUAGUCGUAUAGAGGAAAAUUCCUUGAUGGUAAUCAACAUUGAUUAUGGAACUGAGAAACUUGUCAGCAUAGAAGUGAUCAGGCAAAUUACUGAUGAACUGUUAAUAAUUCCGCCACAAGCAUUUUUGUGUUGUCUCUUUGGCUUUAAUUCUGAAAAAGGUUCAUGGGCUGAAGGAAUAAAUGACAUUUUCUGUAAUAUGAUAGCUGAUCUUCCAUUAGAGAUUACAAUUAUGGACAAACUCAACUAUGAUUCUUUUGAAAUUCCCUUGUUUGUAGUUAAAUUGGAAUGUCAAAAUAUAAGCAUCAAUGAACAAAUGAAACACUUUUGGAAAUAUCAUGCUGAAAGUGGUGAUUCCACUAUUGCAAAUAAUUACAACCCUGAAGAGAAGAUUAGAAAUCCAGAAGAAGAUAAUUCAAAAUCAGUGCUAUUUGAAAUUGAAACUUCUGUUUGUACAACAAUGACCCCCCAAAAAAGUAAUUUGGAAGUUGUAUUAUGUUGUCCAAAUCUAUUACAGUCAGUAGACAAGUGUUUUGGUGUCGGAGACAGAAAUUUAUCAGAAACAUCUGCACAGCCAUCCAAAAAUCAAAUCAAACACCACUUUAUCACCCAUGAAAUAUUUCAUACAGGGAACCAGCAGACCACAUUUGAUGCAUUUAAUAAUGAAACAAACUAUUCCGUAUCUGGAAACAGAAAAAACACAACAGAUUCUACAGGUCUUUCUGAAAUACAGCUUUCUACUUGUAAAAUUGAAUAUGAUACACUUGAAUCUCAGGGAGGAGCAGAGGACAAAGAAAUAUUAAUGCUAGACUCUCCUGAAAUUCAGUUGCCUUUGGAUGACACAAAAAGGUUGUCAGACUUUGUGCCCUUACGAGUGCUUCCCCAAUUAAAUAAUGCAAAGAACAUACCCGAAAAAGAAAAGUUAAAAAUGCCCUUGUUGGAAGACAUGCUACAGCCAAAGACAAUAGAAAUAAAUGAUGAAACACAAAAGAGGUCAGAAUUGCAUGCACUUGAAUCACAACAUGUGGAAGAACAGUCAGCACACAAAGUAAAAGAGAAUACUUCACUAAUGAACGAACAUGAAAAUGUAAUAGUAGAAGUGAUGCCAUCUGAAGCUUUUCCUUUACUGACUGAGAAAGCCAGCAAUAAUACGCUAUAUUUGCAACACCCUGCUUUGUCUGUUCCUGUAGAUAAUAAAAUACAGUCAUUUUCAGAAAUUAAAGUUAAGCCACAAGAAUUCUGUUCCAUUGAAAGUCUUGUUGAAGAGUGUAAACUGGGAAAAAGUGAUAAAAAGCCCAGUUUUACAGAAGGGCAACCUGUGUUGGGAAAGAAUUAUGAAGAAAUGCAGAUGAGCACUCAUGGAAGUUUUAAAGACAAUAUUUGUGUUGAAAAGGAUUAUCUAACAAAUAUACAGCUAAGUGAAGUGGAUGAACCCUUAAUACAUGAUACAGAAAAAAAAGAAAACAUUUGCAACUUAAUGGGAUUUGAUAUUGGUUCCCAAUGCAUGGUAUGGUCAGGUACUCAGUGGUACAAGGCUGAGAUUUUAGGCAUAUCUCCUGAAGGUACAAAGGUUUUGAAUUUUUCAAAUGGAAAUGAAGAGGUAGUCAAUCCUAUACAUGUUUGGAAUGGGAUUCCUGAAUUGGAUUCAGAUUUUACUCAGAUAAUGUCCAAGAAUAAAACAGAUAACUUGCACCCUGUGCCAUUGGCAAUGGAAGUGGAAGAAAUGACUCAUGAUUCAGAUGACAGUACACCAACUCAUUUGAGUUGUGACAGCACUGGGAGUACAACUGAGCAAUGCUAAAUCAUUUUACAUUCAAAUUUUCUCUAACUAAAGCCAAGAGUUUUGUCAGGCAUGUCCUGUCCAAACCAGUAGAGCUUAUAAAGAUUUUUUCCCUCAUAUCCUUCAGGAAUGUUUGCCAUUGUUUUGUAUAAUGCUCCUAGUUAAGGGUCAGGAACAAGGUUUUAGAUUUGUAGCACUGUUCAUUGUCUAAGAAUAUUUAAAUUUUGGGGCUAGUUUGCGGGGGGGGGGAGAAUUAUAUAUUUUUUCAUAUUUUGAGUUUACUUUCAAAAUGGUAUGGCAAUAUGGAAAGGUUUUCCAUGUUGUUAAUUUCCUUUUUGUUAAUGAAAGAAAUAAAACAUACUUGAGCUAUUCAUUCUGUUGUUUCAUACUCUUACAUUUGGAAAAUUUGUGAUCAUAGUGAUGUAGCUGACCAUAUAUUGAUUUUUUUUCAUCAUUCUGAUCUAUGCUUUGAUACAUAAUUUUAUCUAUGCUUUAUACAACUUUAAAUAUAGUAGUAGAGAGCUCCUAUCAUUUCAGGGAACUUAUGUUAAAAAUUAAAAUAUAACUUAAAGUUCCCCUUUAGCUCCUCAGUAUAAGAUAGCAUAGAAGGUUUAUUCCAAAUGGUUAAUCAACAUAGCAGCAGUGUUCCUGGGGGUAGAACUGAGAAAUAGAAGAUGUCUUUCAGUCAUGGUAAAAGUCUCAGAAUCUGAAACCCAGAUAUGAUGUACUACCAAAGCUCAGAAAGAUAGCUGAUUUGGAGUAGAGGUUAUAUUAAAAUAACAACAGAACUGGUUACCAGUUUUAAAGAUAUAUUUUCAAUUUUGCUUGUAUUCUACCUUUCUGUUAAAAUACUGUUCAAAAUAUUGUUAUAAUAAAAAUACAUUUAAGAAAUCAAUAAAA